AUGGCUCCGCACGCCCCCCGGGCAGCCGUGGGCGGCGCUCUCGCGGUGCAGCUGCUGGGCGUCGCCGUCCACACGCGGGCGCCAUGCUCCCACGCAUCGUGGGGCUGGAGCGCGACGGCCUCCCCGGGCCCCAGUCCCCCGGACUCCGGGUAUUGCCAGCUGUUCCCGCACAUGUGCGACUCGCCCGCUUCCACGCCCGAGCCGACCAGCGAUCUGACGCCAGCGCCAACCAGAGCCCCUACUGUUGCCUCAGAGCCAACCGUUGGUCCAACGCCAGUUCCGACUGGCGAUCCCAUGACAACAACAGUUGCCGAUGAUGCUGUGACAUCCCAGCCCGAAGUACAGGUCAACACGGCACGCGACGUCGCCGUUUGUGUUGCAGUGGUGACAGUGUCAGUUUUAUUGGCAGCGUCAUGCGAUUAG